AUGUUGGAGACAAGACCAACUCUGAAGACUGGAGAAUUCGAGGAUGUACGUCUUCCGGAGCGAUAUCACAGGCCGAAAAUCACUCCAAGUCCCUGUCCAAAUGCCUGGAUCGGGUGUAUUUGCACUAGGCGGGGCGUAGGUGCUGACUGGUUCUUACUUCAAGACAAUCCAUUGACACCGCCGGAUUUGCUACAACAUGAGGUUCCUCAAACCCCAGCCUCGAAAACUACCGUUAUACAAGGCCGCGAAGAGGCCGUCCAGAUUCUCCACGGUAGAGACCCACAAAAGCGUCUUCUAGUAGUCGUCGGCCCGUGUUCCAUUCAUGACCCAGAGGCUGCUCUGGCCUACUGCGAUCGUCUUCUCAAAGAGAAAGAGAAACAUAAGAAUGAGCUCCUCAUUGUUAUGCGUGCCUAUCUCGAGAAGCCGCGAACAACAGUCGGCUGGAAGGGACUGAUCAACGAUCCGGAUAUCGAUGGUAGUUUCCAAAUUAACAAGGGAUUGAGAAUAUCGAGAGACUUGUUCGUCAGAUUGACAGAGAAAGGAAUGCCGAUUGCUUCUGAGAUGCUGGAUACCAUCAGCCCACAAUUUCUGGCCGACUUGUUGAGUGUCGGUGCUAUUGGAGCCAGAACGACGGAGAGUCAGUUGCAUAGAGAGUUGGCAAGUGGUUUGAGUUUCCCGGUCGGAUUCAAGAAUGGAACCGAUGGAAGCUUGGACAUUGCCAUUGAUGCUAUUGGAGCAGCGAGAGGAGAACAUCACUUCCUUUCAGUCACAAAACCUGGCGUUGUAGCUAUCGUCGGUACCACUGGGAAUGAAGAUUGCUUUGUAAUCCUGAGAGGAGGUAAGACUGGAACCAACUACGAUGCGAAGAGUAUCGCUACGGUGAAGGAGAGAUUGGCGAAAACCAAUACACAAGGCAACUUGAUGGUUGAUUGCAGCCACGGAAACUCUGAGAAGAACUUCAGGAAUCAGCCCAAGGUUGCUAAUGCUAUUGCGGAGCAGUUGGCUGUCGGUGAGACUGCCAUCGUGGGUGUUAUGAUUGAGAGCAAUAUCAACGAAGGUAACCAGAAGGUACCUGCCGAAGGAAGAUCGGGAUUGAAGUAUGGUGUGAGCAUUACAGAUAGCUGUUUGGGAUGGGAUGAUACCGUGGCCGUCCUGGAUGUUUUGGCGAACUCUGUCAAGGAGAGGAGAGAACUGCUCAGCAAACAGACGAACGGACAGUGA